AUAAAAGCUCAUUUAUACAUACCACAAUUUGCAAGUCUCCAGUUUCUAUUGUUCCUUUCUCCCUUUCCUCCCCUUCCCCCACUUUACACCAGAAAAUCCAAACUCAGGCAUGCUUUCAACAUUUUGGGGACUAAUCUGAAAGGGGAAGAAGAAUUUGUAUAUAUUGGCUGGCAAAUGUGCCCUGCCUUCUACAUUCUUGAAAAUAGCAGCUACCCACCUUUUCAAAGAAAUCUGACUAAAGAGCAGGCACCCUGUGAAUGGAGUGCACUUUCAAGACCGUCCAAGGCAUCUGGACUCACAGUGCAGCUCACCAAAGAAGGUUAGGUCUCCAAGGGACUGGCAGAUUAGAUUUACUGAAGACUUGGAGCUUGCUUCUGAGAGUGAACAUAAAAGAACCCUAAACUGCCAACCUUGAAGGUAACAGGCACAAAGCAGACAUUUCUACAGAACCAUGGAUGGUGUCAGAAACAUGAUGGUAUCUCCUGCCAAUAAUAGCACAUGCCAUGACACUAUUGAUGACUUCCGCAAUCAAGUGUAUCCCACCUUGUACUCCAUGAUCUCCACUGUGGGCUUCUUUGGCAAUCGAUUUGUGCUCUAUGUCCUCAUGAAAACAUAUCAUGAAAAGUCCGCCUUCCAAGUAUACAUGAUUAAUUUAGCAGUAGCAGAUCUACUGUGUGUGUGCACACUGCCUCUCCGCGUGGUCUACUAUGUCCAUAAAGGCAUUUGGCUCUUUGGUGACUUUUUGUGCCACCUUAGCACAUAUGCCUUGUAUGUCAAUCUCUACUGUAGCAUAUUCUUUAUGACAGCCAUGAGCUUUUUCCGGUGUGUUGCAAUUGUUUUCCCAAUCCAGAACAUUAAUUUGAUUACGCAGAAAAAAGCCAAAUUUGUGUGUGUUGGCAUUUGGAUUUUUGUGAUUUUAACCAGUUUUUCAUUUUUUUUAAUAAGCAAUUCUUACAAAGAUAAGAAAAACAAUACCAAGUGCUUUGAGCCUCCACAAAACAAUCAGGCUAAAAUUUAUGUUUUGGUUUUGCAUUAUGUGUCAUUGUUUUUUGGCUUUAUCAUCCCUUUUGUUAUUAUAACGGUCUGUUAUACAAUGAUCAUUAUGACCUUACUGAAAAAUUCAAUGAAGAAAAAUCUGUCAAGUCGUAAAAAGGCUAUAGGAAUGAUCAUAGUUGUGACAGCCGCCUUUUUGAUCAGCUUCAUGCCAUAUCACAUUCAACGCACCAUCCACCUUCAUUUUUUACACAAUGAAACUAAACCUUGUGAUUCUGUCCUUAGAAUGCAAAAAUCAGUGGUUAUAACUUUGUCUCUGGUUGCAUCAAAUUGUUGCUUUGACCCUCUCCUAUAUUUCUUUUCAGGGGGGAACUUUAGGAGAAGACUAUCCACAUUUAGAAAGCAUUCUUUGUCCAGUGUGACUUAUUUACCCAAGAAGAAGUCGUCUUUGCCAGAAAAAAGAGAAGAUAAAUAUAAAGAAUAGUUUAAACACCUCUUUAGUACAAACUAAUGAGAGUUUUCCAAACUAAUAUUAUCUCAAAUCAUUUACAACAAAAAUAAGAAUGUCCAUUAAUAAUUUACAAUAUUAAACUGAACAAGUGUUCCUAUAAAUGUAUCUUUUAUGCAUCCACAUUAUUAGAGAUCCUAAAGAUAUUUUAAGUGUUAAAAAUUCAUGUACAUGUAAUGAAUGAUUUUAUGACCAUUCACUGGAAGGCAGAGAAUGCUUGUGUCUUUGCAUUCUAAAAAUGGGUCUGAGAUCAAGUAUUUCUCCCCUCAAAUAAAAGCUUUAUAAAGGAAAAGAACUAAAUCUUAAGAUCUAAAAUUAGCAAAUAGUUCUCAGUCAUCCCAACAUAUCCCUUCCCAGGCAUGCCAUUAAGAUGAGACCUGGAGAUGCCCCAUGAGUUGCAUGAAAUAUACUGUCUGCCUCUUCCUUUGUAAUACUGAGUGACUAGGCAGGAAAGGACCAUUUAUUCCAGAAGAAAAUAUGCAACUACUACAACAAACAAUAUACAGUCACAUGACCCUAAAAGCUCUGUGCAAUGUCAAUUUGAAGAGUGAGGAAAAGAAACCUGGUCAAAAGCCAGUCUGUCUCCAAUACUCUUUUCCCCCUGCCUCAGGUCCUGAAAGAGAAUAGUGGUGGUUUCUUGGUGAUUGAAGUUCCCCAUAAUCUUUCCUUAAGAAACCAGAAAACUGGCACUCCGUAUAUGAAGAGAAGCAACUAAAAAUUUAACUAAAGUAGAAGAAAAGAGAUCUAUUUUUCUAUAUGCCUAUUACUGGAUUCAAAGUUAAGUAUAAUGGAUUUCUGCUGAAAAAUUUAAAUAUCCAUGUUACAAAUUGUUUUAAGAAUACAUAUAUUUAUGUAUAUAUAUAACUGCAUGUAAGAAAUUUUGUUCUGUGAUAUGCAUUUAUAGGUGAGAGUUGAUUAUAUGCUAUAUUAAGGUUUCAUACUUUUCAUCUUUUUAUUGGCAUGUUGACAGUAAUAUAAAAGAAAUGUUUACAGUGGUUUUUAUAUUACCAUGGAAGCUUUGUACUUAAAACAGCAACAACAAGUUGGUUAUGACUGAAAUAUAAUAUUCAUGGGCAAGCUUUUAAUUCUAUGUUAUAAAAAGGGACAUUACCUCAGAGAAUAUAAAUGACAAAGAUGAAGAAAAAGGAAAACUGUAAAAGGAGUUCUAUCUGAAUCUGCCAUAUGUAUGUCAUUUUUAUUUCACUUCUAAUUUUACAGAUCUUUGGGGGAAAAACAUAAAGAAAAGAAUCUCUGAGACAUAGUAGUAACUGUUGGUCAUUUAUUAUUAACAGA